CAAUGGCAUGGAAUGGAAUGCAGAAAAGCUAACUUCCGGAAGCAGUCACCAUACUACCUAGGGCUGGGCCGAAGUUGAUAGGAUUCCGAGCAAAGUGGUUGAAAAAUAGUUCUGUAGCACACAGGUAAACCAAUAACCAGUCACAAUGUCGAGCAGAAAGACAAAAGGAAAGCAGCCUAAGAAGCGUGCUCAGCGCGCCACAUCCAACGUGUUUGCGAUGUUCGACCAAGCCCAGAUCCAGGAAUUCAAGGAAGCUUUCAACAUGAUUGACCAGAACAGGGAUGGGUUCAUUGACAAGGAGGAUUUGCACGACAUGCUUGCAUCUUUAGGUAAGGACCCCACCGACGCUUACCUGGAGGGCAUGAUGAAAGAGGCUCCCGGACCCAUCAACUUCACCAUGUUCCUGACGUUGUUUGGAGAGAAACUCAACGGCACUGACCCGGAGGACGUCAUCCUUAAUGCAUUUGGCUGUUUUGAUGAGGAUGGGCAAGGCCGCAUCCAUGAAGACUACCUUCGAGAGCUCCUGGUUACUAUGGGCGACCGGUUCACCGACGAUGAGGUGGACGAGAUGUGCAGAGAGGCUCCCAUCGACAAAGAAGGUCAGCUGAACUACCGGGAGUUUGUACGGAUUCUGAAGCAUGGUAGCAAGGAUAAGGACGACGACACAAACCCAUGAAGCAACGCUCAUGGUCACAAGCUGAGAAUGGGGUGGACCAAUUCACGAAUACACACAUCAUCUGAACUGCCAGAAAACACAAUCAGGCAUAAGAAUCAUACAUGUAAGAAAGAAUUAUGUGAAACUUUCACAUCUUCUGAUCAUUUUGUUCCCAAUUUGUUAAUUGACUAAUGAAGACACAAUAUGAAAUUUUAAUUAAAAAGUGGACCGGUGGGUACAUGUUCCUCUUUUUCAGAAUUUAAAAGAAUUUGAAUAAAAAAUGCUUUUGAUGAUUUUUGAUUACCAAACUUAUGAGGUUUAGCAGAAAGGGGCUUCAUUGUGAGGUUCAAGCCAUGUUCAGUCUGUGGUUCACACGUAUAGAUUUGGGCCUUGCAUUCGGACAGCAGUAGGAUUUGCACACGCAAAACAAUUCAACUUGCCCUUUGAGAUGAACGGCAUUUUGUGUAAUCAAUGUCCCCUGAAUUGCAUGACAUUGAAACUUGCUCAAUACUGUUGUCAUCUUUUAGUGAUAUUACCAACGGCACUCCGUCUUUACCAUUCUGUAGUCCUGUGAUUUGCCGUUAACAUUCCUAAAGAGAAUUUGCAUGGGCCGCUCAUUCCCUCCUGUAAAAAAAGAUAGUUUUUACCGAUCCAUUCAUGUUGCCCGUAGUAAACGUAAUUUGAUUUAGAUUUAAUAUGUACUUGUCGAAGCAUCGUUUGAGCACAAUAGGGCAGACUUUUACAAUGUGCAACCACCAAGAGGUUGCCAUGGAAACAUCAAUUUUUACGAUUGCAUUGUGGGAAAUGGUCAACAAGUGCUAUUUGGCAGCUGCGUGCAUUGGGAUCUUGAAUUAUUCCCAAAGUUUGUGUGGGUAAUUGCUUUACAAGUGUAUUUCGAGUAUUAGGUUCCUUCAUCCUUUCUGUUCUUCACUGCAUUAAAUGCAGUUGAAGAAAAGUUUGAGGAAGUGUUUGACUUGCAGAAAUUUCAGAGUGUAGAUAUCAACUAAUUUGCCUACUAACAUACACUCAAAUACAGGUAAAGCAAGUAGGCCAUGCUAUUGUCGACAGUAAAUGUCGAAAAUGGCCUUUCUAUGUUAACUUCUUGGUGGCGCACUGUAUUGGGAAUGACCUUUAUUGAGUAGUCACUUCUGCAAAGUGCCAAUAUCUUAGAGCUGCUGAGGAGAGAACAUUAAUUAGCAAAUAUGUGGCCCACUCAGUGAAAAUGAGUCUUAACUCGCCAAAGCCACUUUGGAGUAAAAAGUCCUUUAGAAUAAUUUUGGACUGUGUCAA